UCUUUCAACGGACGUUGGGUAUAAAACCGAAUCUUCCUCUUCUAAUCGGACGACAGACUCCAAGCGCUUUUGAAAACAGAAAACAACCUCAGCCCCGAAAAACCACAAGAAUGAACAAGGUGAUCGCAUUCGCACUGUGUGCCGUCCUCACGGUGGCCACUGCCCGUCCUCAAACUUUCCAAGCCACUGGAACUGGCACAGGAUUUGGUAGUGGUGCCGCCCCCCUGUUUGCUGGAAAUGGAGCAACUCCUCUUCUGGGUGGAGCUGCAUUGCCUUUUGUUGGACAACCGGCCGGAGGACAACUAGCUUUUCCUGGAUUCAAUCUUGGCAGCGGUUCUGGUUCUGGAGCUGGAACGGGUAACGCUGGACCUGGAGGGGUUUCUGCCUCAGGAGUUGGCAUCGCGAAUGCACAAAACGGUGGAUCGGCGACUGGUUCUGGAACAGGUGCCGCAGCUUUGAAUGCUUUCACCGGAGAGGCAUCAGCAGCUGGAACCGGUACUGGAAGCAGCUCUGGAAAAUAAAUGAUAUUGUCUUAAUCAAAUUCACCUAUCACUCUAUCAGUAUAUGAAACAUUAAUUAUUAUAUGUCACACUUGUAAUUUUGAAAUUGUUUGGCGUCAUUAAAUCGGUAGCCUAAAGGCACACACA